UAAGUCCAAGAACUCAGACCAGCCUUUGACUUAGAGAUCAUACCCCGGGUGUGUACGAGACUUUGCUAACAAGCAACCCAAACAGUUACUAACACCGAGUAAUCAAGAUGGAACGACUGGAAAUCACUACUCUUGCUCUUGUGAUUUGUGUCACUUGCCUGGUUUUUCUUUUUGUGUGGAAGAAAAGUCACAAAGGUUUGGGAAAGCUCCCUCCUGGUCCAACUCCCCUUCCCAUCAUUGGGAAUCUGAUGCAACUAAACCUCAAGGACAUCCCUGCAUCUCUUUCCAAGUUGGCCAAACAAUAUGGCCCUGUUUACACUCUGCACCUUGGAUCCCAGACCACUGUGGUCUUACAUGGAUAUGAAGCGGUUAAGGAAGCUCUAAUUGACCAAGCUGAUGAAUUCCUUGGCAGAGCACGUUUACCUAUUAUUGACGAUACCCAGAGAGGAUAUGAAUCUUCGUUGCUGUACAGGCUUUUCCCUAGUCGCAGACUCCUUUUCAGCAAUGGAGACACGUGGAAGCAAAUGCGACGCUUCUCCCUUAUGACCCUAAGGAACUUUGGGAUGGGGAAGAGGAGCCUCGAGGAGAGGAUCCAGGAGGAGGCCCAGUUUCUGGUGGAGGAGUUCAGGAAAUCAGAGGCUCAGCCCUUUAACCCUGCUGUCACCCUGUCCUGUGCUACCUGCAACAUGAUCUGCUCCAUCCUCUUCAAUGAACAUUUCCACUACAAAGAUAAGACCCUUCACUCCCUGCUGGAUUUGUUAAAUAAAAAUUUUAAUCGAGUAAACUCUCUCUGGAACCAGAUUUACAAUCUAUGGCCAAAACUCAUAAAGCCUCUCCCUGGAGAGCACAGAGCAUUUUCAAAAAGGCUUAAGGAUAUUCACUACUUUGUUCUGGAAAAAGUGAAGGAGCAUCAAAAGUCCCUGAAUCAUAAUAACCUUCGAGACUACAUUGACUGUUUCCUCAGCAGGAUGGAGCAGGAGAAACAGAACCCAGAGUCUGAAUUUCACUUGGAAAACUUAGCAACCUGUGGAUCAAAUCUGUUUUCAGCAGGAAUAGGGACAACCACUGCCACCCUGAGUUAUGGGUUCCUGCUCCUAAUGAAAUACCCUGAGGUUCAAGGUACAGCAAAUAUCUUAGCCAAAGUUCAUGAAGAAAUUGACCAUGUGAUUGGACGCACCCGAAGUCCCUGCAUGAAGGACAAGAUGAAGCUGCCCUAUACAGAGGCUGUGUUGCAUGAGAUACAAAGAUACAUCACCCUCCUUCCUUCUAACUUACCCCAUACUGUGGUCCGGGACACGAAAUUCAGACAAUAUGUCAUCCCCAAGGGUACUACUGUAUUGCCGUUACUGUCUUCCAUCUUGUACGACUGCAAGGAGUUUCCUAACCCAGAGAAGUUUGACCCAGGCCAUUUUUUGGAUAAAAAUGGCAGCUUCAGGAAAACAAAAUACUUUGUGGCUUUUUCCAUUGGGAAACGGGCCUGUGUUGGAGAGGGCCUUGCCCAAAUGGAGCUGUUCCUGUUCUUCACCACCAUUCUACAAAAUUUUGUCCUGAAACCCCUGGGGGAGACAAAGGACAUAGAGACCAAACCCAUUGUUACUGGACUGAUCAACCUGCCACCACCCUUCAAGCUAUGCCUUAUCCCCAGAUAAAAGAAGAGCUUUUCUCUUUUAACAAUUUAAAUGAAAGUAAUAGCUUUUUCUUCUCACUACUUCUCCCACCCCAAUAGUCUCUUUUCAUUUUAAAUUCUGCCUAGGACAGAAACAUGGGCUUCCCUCGUAGCUCAGUCGGUAAAGAAUCUACCUGUACUGCAGGGCAGAAACACUACUCACUAAAAGCUUGAUAGACUUUUGUUUAAAUCUAUAAAUUCCUUGAAAAAAGGAGCUGGAUCCUGAAAGCUCCAGGGGUAAAAUAAUAUCUUGUACCCUAUAGAUUACUUUAUAAACCAUGAUCCAGCCAAACCAAACCCAGGCCCACAGAAGGCCUUUAUCAGCAAAUGGUGGAGCCUUCACUUCUUCUGUGCCUUUGGAGACAGGCUGAUAAUCUAUAAUUUUCAAAAUAGAGAAUAUAAUGGCCUAUGUGUAUUUUUUCCUAUUUCCCUUUGAAAGCACUUACAUAAUUUCUGCCAUAUUCACAAAAUAAAACCUUUCUUUCCACAGCA